AUUAGGUACUCAGUUAUCAUUUACGUCCCAUUGAUAUUGGUCGCUAGCGGAGCUGAUUUAAACAAUUUGAUUUAAAAUGGUGCUUGUGCAAGUUGAACAAGGGCUUCUGGAAGGAACAGAGGAAGAAAAUAUUACUAAAAAUGGACGCUACUAUAGUUUCAAAGGUAUUCCAUAUGCAGCACCACCCGUGGGAAACCUAAGGUUUAAGGAACCUGCACCUCCCCUUCCAUGGGAAGGUGUAAAAAGAGCGACAGAACAUGGUCCGAACUGUCCUCAAUUUGAUAUAUUUACUCGAGAAAUCGUAGCUGGAAGUGAAGACUGCUUAUACUUAAAUGUUUAUUCUCCAAAUCUGACUCCAGAAUCAUUACUCCCCGUCAUGUUCUUCAUACACGGGGGUGGAUUCAAGUGCGGUUCUGGUAAUGAUGACUUCUACGGUCCAGAUCUUCUACUCAAUCAUGGAGUUGUCGUUGUUACUAUAAAUUAUAGACUGGAAGUCUUUGGUUUUCUUUGCCUUGACACAAAACAAGUACCAGGUAACGCUGGCAUGAAAGACCAAGUAGCAGCUUUAAAAUGGGUCAAUAAGAAUAUAACUAAGUUUGGCGGUGACCCAAAAAAUAUCACUGUGUUUGGUGAAAGUGCCGGUGGGGCAUCAACAGCAUACCAUAUCUUAUCACCUUUAUCGAAAGGUUUAUUUCAAAGAGCUAUUGUGAUGAGUGGUUCACCUUUUUGUGACUUUGCGUUGUCUUUUGAACCAAGAAAAAGAGCAUUUAAAUUAGGGGAACAACUAGGAUUUGAAACUGAAGAUCCCGAAGAGCUCUUAAAAUUCCUUCAGAGUGUUCCAACUGAGAGACUUGUUAACGUAAAUCCAUGCAUAUUAGCAACUGAAGAAUAUAUUAACAAUCCCCUCAAACUAUUCCAUUUUAUACCAGUAACUGAAAAACAUUUAGGACAGGAAGCCUUCCUAGCACAAACACCAGAUGAAAUAUUAAAAGAAGGAAAUAUAAACGAUGUUGAAGUGAUGAUUGGAUAUACGAGUAAUGAAGGUUUGAUAACAUUUAUGGACAUUGAAUAUUAUAUGUCUAAGUACAAGACACUUGAUGAGGUGUAUGUCCCACGGAAAAUAUUAUACCAAGGAACACCUAGCAAAAUUUUAAAAGUCGCUCAAAUGAUCAAACAACGCUUUUUUGAUGGGAAUAAGGCGAAUGACAAUAAAAUGAAAGAGUUUAUACAAUAUGCAUCAGAAACUGCGCUUCUUUGUGGGAUUCAUAAGUUUAUAGAUCUUCUCAGAAAUGUCGCAAAAUCCAAUAUAUAUAUGUAUAGAUUCUCCCCAGUCUCGGAACGAAAUGUAAUUGGAAAUUUGGGAAAAGACUAUGGAGUAUCAGGUGCAGCGCAUCUCGAUGAUAUUAUGUAUAUAUUUAAUUCAAAGAAAUUUAAUUUGCCAGUCGACAACAACAGUAGAAGUUUUCAAAUUGUGCAACAAGUUUGUACUUUAUUUACUAACUUCGCGAAAUCGGGGAAUCCAAUGCCUGACUCUAAAAAGGGCUUAAAAUGGCCAGAAUAUGAUUUGGAACACAAAUUGUAUUUAGAUAUUGACGAGCAUCUAUCUAUUGGUAGUAAACUCGAUAAAGAUAACAUGGAGUUUUGGAAGUCUAUCUACAAGAAUGCGGAUGUGCCUUUUUAAUUUUAUAUCUUCAAUCACAAGUAUGAAGUAUCUUAA